AUGGGUUUGUACAUCAUGAAGAAUUUCGUGGUUUGUCCAAAUAAUAUGAAACUGAAGACCAAAGACCACAAGUUUAAGUUGAUGUUCACGCAUAAGACCACUGUUGAGGAAAUACAUGAUCCACAUUUCAACAUGUGCAUCUUCAAAUUUAAAACCUAUGACCAGCUAUCAAAUCCUCAGGAAUUCGACAAUACGGAGCUAUUCGAUGUUAUUGGCGAAAUUGUGAGCUAUGAAGACGUACAAUCUAUCAAACAAGAUGAUAGCAUCCGUAUGUUCAUGAACAUUGAGAUACAAGAUUAUGAGAGCAAUACUAUUUCUGCAACUCUUUGGGGAGACUUUGUCGAACAGAUCAAGCUGUAUUUGAAUGGAUCCAAUGAUAAGCCUGUUGUCAUCGUCAUGCAAUUGAUUAGAGCACAUCGAUAUCGAGGUUAUUAA